GCGGGCGCCGCCUCUCCACGUGCACUGCCUUGAGAAGGCAACAAAGCGGCUCCCGCGGCGUGUUUACAGCCGCUAGCCGGGUCUGAGGGGUAGCGCCUGGGGCUGCCUGGCCCCUCGCUGUGCAGCCCGGGCAAGUAGCAGCAGCCCGUGCCGCGUGUGCCACCGUCUUGUACCCGCUGGGGCGUGUCUGUGGGAAGCCAGUGAAUAUAUCCGCGUUUCAAUCCCUCUCCCUGCUCUCGGGGGUGGUGAAGGGUACCUGGCCGCAGGGUGGGACCGACCCGUUGCGCUGAGGCAGAGCAUUGGAUGCUGCGUCCGAGAGAAGGAGCUCAGGUUCCUCCUGCGCUUGGCAAAAUCCAACCCCCCUCAUCCUAAAAAUAAGGGGGGGAUCGGUUGGCUAUUGGCUCCUGCGGGAAUAACUAUGGUAUCUCCCGGAUGCCACAAUGGGUGUGAGGAAUGAAGGGAGCCUGGUUUCAGUCCUGAGAAGAGUGCCCCAAUAGCCAGCUGGAGCGGGUCAGAGAAGCUCUGCAAUGAGCAGACAGCUAUUGCAAAGCAGGAUGCAGCAGGAAUAUCGGAAUGUUUGCGUCCUUCUGCCCAACAGAGAGCAACUCAGUGUAACCAUCGGGGUAAAAGCCACCGGACAGGAGCUCUUCCAGCAAGUUUGUGACUUAGUGAAGAUUAAAGACCCUCACUUCUUUGGCCUCAGUAUUGUUAAAAACAAUGAAUAUGUAUUUAUGGACCUGGAGCAGAAGCUUAGCAAAUACUUCUCGAAGGAAUGGAAGAAAGAGACGAGCAAAGGGACAGAGAAGUUCACCCCUCCUUUUGUUGCCUUCUUCAGGGUACAGUACUACGUAGAAAAUGGAAGGGCCAUAAGUGACAUGGUAGCACGGCACCUGUACUACUGCCAUCUCAAGGAGCAGGUGUUGAGGUCUCGGUGCCUCCACAAAGAAGAAAUCUACUUCCUGCUGGCUGCAUACGGUUUACAGGCUGACUUGGGCAACUAUGUGGAGAAUGUCCAUGUUGGGAAAUAUUUUGAACCUCAAGCCUAUUUCCCACAGUGGAUAAUUGCAAAGAGGGGGAGUGACUAUAUCUUGAAGCAUGCUCCAGAGAUGCACCAAGAACAGCAAGGUCUGACUGCUAAAGAUGCAAUCCUGAAGUUCAUUAAGGAGUCCUGUUUGCUGGAAGAUGUACCUGUCCAUUAUUACAGAUUACAGAAGGAUAAGAAGGAAGAUCGCCCAACAGUUGUCCUGGGCCUCACCCUUAAAGGAAUUCACAUCUAUCAGGAGGUGAACCAUGUCAGCCAGCUGCUGUAUGACUUCCCCUGGUCACACAUUGGGAAACUCGCGUUUCUGGGGAAAAAAUUUGAGAUCCAGCCGGACGGUUUGCCCUCUGCCCGGAAGCUGGUGUACUACACGGGUUGCCCUUUCCGGUCACGACACUUGCUGCAGCUCCUGAGCAACAGCCACCGACUCUUUCUGAACAUCCAGCCGGUGCUGAAGCAUAUCCGAAAGCUGGAGGAGGCGGAAGAGAAGAAGCGUUAUCGGGAAUCCUACAUCAGUGACACUCUGGAGAUGGACCUUGACCCCUCGGAUAAGCACUCCCACGGCAGUGGAAGCAGUGGGGGCAGCCGGAGGAACAAUAGACUAUCUCGUCAGUCAACUGGGAGCCACGGCAGCUCGCACACGUCUGGUAUUGAGGCAGAUUCGAGGCACAGGAUGUCAGUGGAAAUGUCAGUGGAUGAGCCCUUCGGUAUCGAUCGGGUUCAUCGGAAGGAGAAAUCAUGCAGCUCGACAGUUAGCUAUGGCAGCUCUGGCAUUGACAGUGGUGGCAAAGGGAGAGCUGAAGAUGACUCUCAGGAUGACGAGGUUGAGCUGGCAGUGGAUGAGCCGGAGGAGGUGCCUGUGGAUGAGCCUGUAGAGAGAAACCAGUUGGAGGAGGCAGCUGAAGGAGAGUCUGUCAGUUCUCUUGCUUUAGAUGCACUUUGCUGUCAAGCCCUUAAGCAGAAGCCUCUCUCUGUGGUACAAGUCACACUGAUAAAAAUGAGAGGCCAAAGUGUGGAAUCUCUUCAUCAGCAGGUGAGACAGCCUAAAGACAGGAGCUGCGCAGACCAGCACAGCCAGAGUUUGGAUGACAUCCGUCUUUACAAGCAUCGGCAUCCACCGCUAAGCUCCACAUUAUCUUCGGACACCUCCCACAGCUACACAUUUGGUUGUGCACUGGAGGAUAAGCUGGCCAACUACGGCUGUGUUUAUUCAACAGCAGACUGCAAAACCAAGUCCGCCCUCUAUGGAAAGAGAUCCAUGAACUGCCUGUCUCUGGAUCUCUUGGGAGAAGACCAGCUGCCGGAGGAGUUUGUGGUGUAGCCAAGUUGGCAAGGUCCUAACCAAGGAGACGGCUCAUUAGGGAAAUAAAAGCUACUAUAUAUACCUCAUCAAUGCAUGAUACAUUGCUUUUGAUCUCGGAGGUGAUUGGUAAAUGACUUUUGUACCCUAUUAAGGGAUGUAUAAGUAGUGUCACAACCCAACAAACGUGACAAAAGUGCAAGUUUAUUACAGGGCAGUACUUUAAUUAAAAAGAAAAAUACUGGCAAUGGAAUAUCUGUCCUCUACCCAGCGCACAGUUAAAGUGGACUGCCCCAAUAGAAUAGACAAUUUUUUUAUUUAAAAUACCAGUGGGCAGUUGGCCCAAAACACCUAAUAAGCUAAUAGCACAGAGAGCACAUCUGAAUUGACUUACCUGAAAGCAACUACAGAUUCCACAUUGACUUUUUUUUUUUUUUAAAGCCACCUACUUCCUGACCUUUUGUGCCCAUAAUGUUACACUAAUCCAGUGUGUUGGUCCCCUUGAAUUCACUCUACUGAGGUACCUGCUGUCAACUGUCAGUUUUCUCCUAGAACAUAUCCUAGAACAUAUCUCAGCCUACCAGCAAUGGGGAUGGACCUUCUGCAGCUCUGUAAUAUCUAUACCUGUCCUGCUCCCUUUGAAAUCAAUGGAAGCUUCACUGUUGGCUUCACUAGGAGCAGGAUCUGCCCCAUUGUGGGUUUGUUUCUAGGUUCCCUCCCCCACCAAACCAAAAACAUACCAGCAAUUGUACUGCUGUUUUUUUUUAAACUGCAUUUUAGAGCAACGAAGUGGGAACCACUGGCCACUAACUAUUGCCACAAACCUCCACUAUUGAUCCCUAGAUACAGUCUUCAUCCUCAUUAUUGUUUGGAAAAUAACAGGAUGAUUCAGCUGCUUCCAGCAGUUUGGAUUUUGAGGAAGUCAUGACAAAAGUGCUAAUUGAUAGACUUUUCAGGAAAGAAGUGUGACUGGAGAAGUUGUUCAAGGAUGAUGGCUUUUACUUGAAUCAGCACUUUUUAAAAAACAACUCAAUUCCAUAUGAAUUCACCCUCUGAGUUUUGGAGGCCGAACAUGGAGAAAAUAGAUUUCAGGGGAUGACUAGAGUAGUUAUUAGGGAUGAUGCCCAGUUUUGGUUUUGAUUGGGGCAUUCAGCUGGUGAAGGAUGAGACUGUAAGGCACCUGAUGAUAUAUAUUUGUGGUUGUUUCUGAAUCAAAGGUAGUGGUGUGUGGGUUUGGUUUGUUUUUUUGAGUGCUAUGGAGCUGUGCCAGUGUUCUGUGAAAAGAUACGUGUGCUGGUACUAUACGAUAAAAAGUGCUCAUAUUAGGUCUGGAGAUGAGAUGCUUUCUGCCUUCAUUCACAAAAGUGAUGCUAUGUUGUUUUCCCCUUUUUUCCCCCCUGCAGUACUUGGGCGGGGGGGGGGGGGAAGGAAUGACACAACCACCUAUAAUCCCGUGGCCAGUUUGCAUCGUGGCGAAUGGAGAGAAAUGAUGUAACAAAUCAAUGUUCCAUGCAUCCCCCUCAGCAAAGAAUAAUUAUUUUAGAAAAUAAAGCACAAUGAAUGCAAAAUGUCCCCUUGCAGUAUCAAUCUUGCUGCACUAAAGAGUUGAAAAUAGUAGAAUGCAUGUAAGCUGCAGUCAGACCACAGUUAAAAUUGUCAUUGCAGUUUUGAAAGUCAGUUUGUUGGGCCUUUUAAGGGGAAGAUGCUCACUGUGAACCCAGCACAAAUGGAAAACUGCAUUGUAUUACCAUCUUAGGCAGCAGUCAGUUGGACAGUUGCAUUGCAAAUGAACUAUUAAAAUAACCAAGCCAGAAACCCCAUGAUCUCAGUUAUGGUACAAGAUUUCCAUACAGAUAGCUAUAUCUCUCAACAGCAGCUGCAUCAAACAUUGCUCUGUUGAAAAUGUCAGUUAUCCUGUUGCGUUAGAUGACAUUUAACUUACUAUACAUGAGGUAAGGAUUGUUGGUGUUGUCUUCUUUUUUCAGUCAUCCUUUGUUAUCCUGACAAGGAAGUGGUCUUAAACUUAAGAUGCACAAAAGCAGCUAUGUAGCAUGCUCUCAAUAUGUCAUUCUCUCUGACUCAACGUAUUUUCAUUAUCAAGAAACUUUUUUUAAAAAACAAUUUUUUUUCUCUACUUUUGGUCAGAAAAUGUUUAGAACGUAUUUGAGCUUGUGGCUGCUUGAGUGCAUGAAUAAAAGUUGUACUUGCUAUAUGUAUGGGAAUCUUCAUGGUUUACUGGUAACUCUGGAACUCCAUACCUUGGGUCAGUCCUUGAUGGAGCAAAACUCCCUAUGAAGUCAUUGGGAGUCUUGUUGAACUCAAGAACUGUAGAACUUGACCAUUUGAGAUUUCCCCAUUCUCAGCACUGUGUCCAUGGGCCAGAUCCUGCACCCACUAAUGUAGUGUCAUUGAAUACAUUUUUUGAGUCGAAUAGAUGCAGUACUGACCCCAAUAUGUAUUUUUUGAUAGUGUGUCUCCGCCUAUCAGUCACCUAUAACCAUGUUUUAUUCCACUGGUAUUGCUAUUAUUACUUUGUAAUGCUUUAGAAUGAUUUGUAUUAUGCUGAGUUAAUCAGUUUACUUUGACUAUCCAAAGCAAAAUGCAAAACCCCUCUACAUCAUACUUCAUUAUUUUUACUUUGAGUCUAGACAGCUAUAGAGCUUUUAACUCGUACAUUACCAGUCAAAUCCAGCCGAGUUGGGGAAAGUGGGUUCAGUCCAGGAUCAUGCCGACAAGUGACCUCAAUCCAUGGAGACUGAACUUACCUUUUCACUCCUUAACUUGGAGGGACCACCUCAGAGUUGAGAAAUGCUGGUGCGGGUCUGGGGCUGCUUUUGCUGUCCAUGCUGUAGGUCUAUUCUAUCUAAAGAGAGGACUUCAGCCUACAGUGCUGUCACUUGAAUGCUAAAUUCACUCAAUCACUCACCCAUUCUAAUACAGUUCUUCCAGGAAAUCUUCUAUUGUUAAGACUCUCGCUUUCAAUUAUUUUCAUUUUGGGGAGGUGGAGGGUAAAAAUCCAGCAAGAUAUUUUUUUCUAGAAGUUCUUUGGGGAAAAAUUUUAUGUGCUGCAUGCUCGCUCACUCUUUUCUAUAAAUAAAUUAUCUUUAACAUUUGGAUAUUUGCUAUCUUCUAAUAGACUGUCUGAAGUGUUGACUACUUUUUUUUUUAAAGUGCCAGUCUGAUCACUGUCACCAAACAGUGAAGUUAAGUUUUUUUAUCACUGAUUUUUGUGCAUGUUAGAAACAAACAAAAAGACCCACAAUUCCAAGGUGAUGUGAAAACUCACUCUCUACAAUUUUUAAAUUAUUGCUGCCACUAUUUUAAAGUGCUAAGUUUGUGACUCUGAUUUACAAACGAGGUGGAACACCAAUGCCUAAAAGUUAAAGUAGUUCUUGCAUGUGUAUCCAUUGCAUGCAAUUGCUGGUUUUGUGUAAAUAUAUGUAUAUAUUUAUUUAUUUGUAGUUGGUGCGGAGAGAAAACUCUCCAAACUUUGGGCAGUCUUAUCCUGUUGGUACAUGCAGCUCAUAUUGAUACUGAUGUAUGCAUAUGAAAGGCAGAAUAGACCCGUUUUCUGUGUAGAUUGAGAGUGCUCUAUAUCUUACAAACACUGUGAAUAUCUAUUAUGCAAUCUUUUUGUAUUCAUGUGACACUACUGUUUUGACUAGUAAUGUACUUUGUUAUCUUUGAGUCUAGAAGUUCUACUUUAUUAUUUGUUUUUGGAUUAGUUGUGGUAGGGGGUAAAAAUAAGCAUUUUAUCUAUGAUGUUAUGAAACCAGCUGCUGAUGUUUGUACAGCUGUAAUAUACUCAUGGUAUAAGUCACUCUAUUUUAAUGGCAAAAGUUUCUCCUUUCCAUGAAAGGAAUCUUUGUUUUUAAAAAUUUAAAUAUAUAUAAAUAUAUGUACACUUGUAAUAAAGGAUGGAUAGAAAAACA